AUGUUACAGGCAAAUGAAACCACAGCUUCUGUUGUAACAGAGUUUUUCAUCGUGGGUUUCCCUGGACUCCAGCCCAAAUACUACAGCCUGAUGGCAGCGUUUUUGCUCUGCAUCUACAUCGCUGUGAUCACUGGAAACUCCCUCAUUGUGCUCCUGUUUGUGAUUGAGCGCAGCCUCCAAAAGCCCAUGUAUAUUAUCAUGCUGAGCUUGUCUUUGUCUGAUAUUGGUUUUUGCACAGUCGCUCUGCCAAAAGUUAUAUCUCGCUAUUGGUUUAAUGACGGUUAUAUUGGCUUCUACGUUUGUCUGUUUCAAAGGCAGCUGAUUCACUAUUUUGGUACCCUGAACUCUCUAAUUAUGAUGAUCAUGGCAAUUGAUCGGUACUUGGCGAUCUGUUUCCCACUAAGAUACCUUGCUUUAAUGACUAACCGCACUAUGAGGCUUCUAAUAGGGUUUUCCUGGGUUACUGCAAUGAUUGCUCCAACCAUUAGCUUAAUGCAGACAGUGAAACUCCCAUUCUGUGGGCCAAACAUGAUCACUCAUUGUUUCUGUGAUUCUCUAUCUAUGAACCAACUGGCCUGUGCUGAUGCCACCCUCACAAAUCUCAUUUCAUAUGCUGUGGCAAUGUUUGUGCUUCUCGUGCCAUUGUCUUUCAUCAUCUUUUCUUAUUUAAGUAUCCUGGUGUCUGUACUUCGAAUUGCAAACACACAGGGCCGAAUGAAAGCCUUUUCUACCUGUGCAACACAGCUGACUAUCAUUGUCAUCUAUUAUGUGCCCCGUUUUGUGGUUUACACCACUUCUAACAUCCCAAACGCUCAGAUGAACAGCAGUCAGAAGAUCGCCCUGGUCAUGUUCUACAGUCUGCUUCCACCUGUAGUGAACCCCUUCAUCUACUUCAUCAGGAUCAAAGAAAUCAGACAGUUCUUUAUCAAAUGGUGUGUCCACAGAAACAGGAUUAUCAGUAUGUCGUUAACUAUUUCUAAAUGAGGUGAUCUGACUUUUAGAUGUUAUUAUCACGUGAAACUGGAAGGUU